AUGCCUUCCACCGCCGUGGACGCUGAAGCCGGCAACCGGCGGCCGGGAUCCGUCAAAGAGGUCAAGUCCGGCGCGGACGGGGCUGGGUCCUCGGAUGUCUCCAUCCGUAGCCUCCCCGGUGACCAAACCCAUCGGACGCUCAGGUCGCGCCAUAUCCAACUGAUUGGUAUUGGCGGGACCAUUGGCACUGCGCUGUUUGUCCAGAUCGGAAGGGGUUUGAUGGAUGGCGGACCCGGGAGCUUGUUUCUUGCUUUCUCUUUGUGGUGCACCUUUAUCCUGGCCGUGACGCUGGGCAUGGCCGAGAUGGUGACCUACCUGCCCAUCUCCUCGCCGUUCAUCCGCUUCGCCGGCCGCUAUGUCGAUGAGGCGUUUGGGUUUGCCGCCGGGUGGAACUUUUUCGUGUUCGAGGCCGCCAUGGUGCCGUUUGAGAUUACUGCGUGCAAUGUGAUCAUCCACUACUGGAGUAAGGCCGUACCGGCUGGAGGGAUUAUUGCGAUUAUUAUCGUGCUCUAUGCACUCAUCAACCUCCUUGCGGUCAAGUGGUAUGGCGAAGUCGAGUUCUGGGCCGCCCUUGGCAAAGUUAUCCUGAUCGUCGCCCUCCUCCUGUUCACCUUCAUCGUCAUGCUCGGUGGAAACCCCCUGCACGACCGCUUCGGCUUCCGCUUCUGGUCGUCUCCCGGCGCGUUCGCCGAGUACUACCACACCGGCAACCUCGGCCGCUUCAUGGGCUUUCUCCAGUGCUUCAUCCUCGCUUCCUUCACCGUCGCCGGACCAGACUACGUCUCAAUGGCUGCCGGCGAGUGCGAGAACCCACGCGGUGUCAUGCCGCGCGCCUUCAACGCCGUUUUCUACCGACUGACCGCCUUCUUCGUCCUCGGCUCACUAGCCGUAGGCAUUCUCGUACCCCACGACGACAAAAUAAUGAAAACCGCUUUCAGCACUGGUGCUCCCGGCGCCGCCGCGUCCCCUUACGUCGUGGCCAUGACCCGUCUGCACAUCGGGGUGCUCCCGCACAUCGUCAACGCCAUGGUUCUCACCGCCGCCUUCUCCGCAGGCAACAGCUACGUCUACUGCGCCUCACGGUCCCUCUACGGCCUCGCCCUCGAGGGAAAAGCCCCGCGCAUCUUCACGCGCUGCACGGCGCGCGGCGUGCCGCACUUUGCCGUCGGCGUGGUGCUGCUGAUUGCGCUGCUGGGGUUUCUGCAGGUGUCCAACGACGCCGCCGUAGUGUUGCAGUGGUUUGUGAACCUAGUCACGGCCAGUCAGUUGAUCAAUUUCAGCGUGAUCAGUGUCACUUACUUGCGGUUUCAUGCGGCGUUGCACGCGCAGGGGGUGGAUCGGAGGACGGGGUUGCCGUAUCGCGCGCUGGGCCAGCCGUAUGCGGCGUGGUAUGCGUUGUCGGGGACGUUUGUUAUGACGUUUAUGGGUGGGUAUACUGUGUUUUUGCCCGGAAAGUGGGAUUUGCCGACCUUUUUGUUCUCCUACACCAUGAUCGCCGUUUGCCCGAUUCUGUACGUUGGAUAUAAGAUCGUCAAGAAAACCAAGAUUCUCUCCGCCAAGGACGUGGACUUGCGGAAGAACAUGGACGAGAUUGACGAGUAUGAGCGGAAUUAUGUCCCGCAGCCUGCGAAAAACACUUAUCACAGGGUUUUGGAUGUCAUUUUUGGGUGA